ACAUCUCGGCAGCAGUAGUAGCUCAGCUCUCGGCACUAGGUUCAAGGAUAAGAAGCUUAGCAGUGUUUAGUAGAUGAGUUAGUUAUUUUUUUUAUUAUUAUUUCGGAAAGCUUCUUCCUCUUUACUACAUUGUUGUUGUCGCUUACUAUAGCUGAUACCUUCUGCAACUGAGAGUAUUCCAGUGAAAACGAACGUUUGAUUGAUCGUGUGAAUUGUGUGCAUCGUCUUCGCCAAGUGAUAAAGAUACAAAUCGCAUCGGAGAACCUUCACCCUUGGGACGUUUAUGUGGCUUCACCCUGUUAUCUGACCUAUGCGAUCACCUAUGCAAAUGACUAAGAAAAGCAGUUAGUGUUUGUCUGUACGAGAGAUUACAGCAUCCGAGGAAGGAAAAUAUUUGCCAACCAUCCCUCCAUCCCUAUCAGACAGAGAGACAACAAGCCAGCACAAGCCCACCCAAAUCCGAAUCCCAAAUUCGAGAGGCUCAGUGUUAAUGUUAACGUCCAAACCGAACCGUCAACCGUCGUCGUCGGCAGUCACGUUGUUGCGGACUUUGGAAUCGAUUAGGACUAAUAAGCUGCACCGCCAUAAUAGUGUUAAGUGGUGAAAGUGAGUCUUUUUUAAAAAGUAGCACGCGGCAAACCUCCCCAAGCAGCAGAUUUGGAAGAAAAAGGGCAAACAUAACUUGCUAAAAUUUUGCAGAUAGUGACUCACAAAGUGGUCACUGUCACUGUUGGCGAAUAGCUGGUUUGCGCAUUUAGGACUCUCGUCAAAAACUCUCGUGUGUGGAGUAGCGUGGUUAGGAGCUUUCUUUUCUGAUUGACCUUUUUCAUAUUCUUACCGGAAGGACAGCGCACAAAAACCAGCCCUUUUCUACAUAGGAUGGUAGAAAGUGAAACCGAUACCAACAAUUCAAAGUAUACCAAUGUAAGAGACGAUCGAGUAGCAAACGGCGUCGGCACAAAGGAGCUCCCGGUUGCGAUUCCGGUGGACUUGAACGGUGGCAGCAAGCAAACUGGCCUGCAGAUCGUCCCCUCGAAGCAACAGCAGGACAAAGCGUCGCUCGAUCCCGAGCGGGGCUUCGCCAGCAAGGCUGACUUCGAGCAUGCGAUAGAGCUCACUGGUUAUGGCAGAUUUCACUACAUCCUACUAGCAAUAUGUGGUCUCGUAAGCACCAGCGAGGAGAUGGACGUCAUUUCGAUGUCCUUCAUCCUGCCGUCGGCGCAGUGCGACCUCGACCUGAAUACUCAAUCGAAAGGAUGGCUAAAUUCGAUUAUCUUCAUUGGCAUGAUGGUUGGAGCUUAUGUCUGGGGAAGCGUUGCCGACUCGCUGGGUAGAAAGAAGGUCCUCAUCGUCAUCUCGAUCAUGAAUGCCCUCUGCAUUGUCGCUUCCUCAUUCUCGCAGAACUACGAAACGUUUAUGGUGUUUCGCUUCCUCAACGGUGCCGCCUUGGGAGGUAGUGGACCGGUCAUUUGGUCCUACUUUGCCGAGUUCCAACCGAAAGCCAAGCGUGGCUCCAUGCUUAGCUUCAUGGCUGCCUUCUGGACCAUUGGUAACCUGUUGGUAGCCGGGCUGGCCUGGUUGAUCAUUCCAGCGAACAUUGGUUUCACCACCGCAGCCUUCACCUUCAACUCGUGGCGUAUUUUCCUGAUGGUUUGCUCGAUACCUUCCUUCAUCGUGGCCGGCCUGCUCCUCUAUCUACCAGAAUCUCCCAAGUUUUUGCUUUCCCAAGGCAAAAUGGAGGACGCCCUGGCCAUCUUCCGCGGUAUCUACGUCACCAACACUGGCAAAUCGGCGGACAACUACCCGGUAAAGGAGCUGAUUAUCGACGAAAAGCUCAAGAGUGAGCUUGAAGACGUGAAGAAACCGAUCAAGAACAAGUACAAACGAAUGCUGUUCAACAUCAUGGACAACAGCAAGCAACUUUUCAUGUCGCCGAUUGUGAAAUUCACCACAAUCUCGAUCACGAUCAAUUUUACAUUCCACAUUGGCUACUACGGGCUGAUGAUGUGGUUCCCUGAGUUGUUUAACCGCUUCGACGAGUACACUCGAGCCCAUCCGGACGUGGAAGAGGCUUCCGUGUGUCAGGUCACAGACUACGUGGUCAAAAUGGGCUCCCAUUCGGACACCGGCGUCUGCUCCGCAACCAUUCCAAGCACAGUUUUCCUCGAAUCACUGAUCACGGUAGCGGCCGCCUUGCCAGCAAACGUUAUCGCCGUUCUGUUCAUGGACAAGCUGGGCAGAAAGUUCUUCCUCGUGUUCAGCACAAUGUCCGCUGGUCUCUGCUCUGCCUCGAUGUAUCUCGUCACGAACAAACACCAGAACCUGGCCGUCUCAGCUAUCUUCAGUGGCGUAAUCUCGAUGGGAAAUGCUUCCCUCGAUUGUCUCAUUACGGAAGUCUUUCCAACGAAUCUCAGAGCAACUGGAGUGGCCAUUUCGAUGGUGGCGGCCCGUCUCGGUGGUAUCAUCGGAAACGUAGUGAUAGCAACGCUCCUAGAUCUGUACUGUCCGGCGCCGACCUUCAUCGUGGCGAUUCUGCUGGCUGGCGGUGGCCUGAUGUGCCUGUUCUUGCCCAACACCACCCGGACGGCACUUUCCUAACCGCACCACGGAUAAGGCAGCGAAUAAUGAAAAACUAACUUAGGGAAAACCAACAACACAGCUUUUCUUUCCAAUUUCUAACUUCUAUCGCUAUUCCUUCAUCUUUCCUCAAAAUCUAUCUUAUAUUUUCCACAACUUGUAUCAUCUUUCUCUUUUGCAAUCUCCAAUUUUCUCAAAACAGAUCUUGCAAUCAAAGAAUUUAAACUAGGAUUAGGAUAUACAACUUUGAAAAAAGAAAACCAUUUGUACAAUGAAUAGUGGUAACAACAUCCAGGCGUGCAAAAAAUUGACCUGAAAUCUAGGUUUUUAUAAUAGAACAUUAUAUAUGUAUACAAGUUGACUUAAACACAUCGAGGAAGAUUAUUAAACAAUAAAGUCAUGCAUUAAAAGUUGUA